AUGCUCCCUUCCUGCCUUCUAUCUUUCCGUUUACUCGUUACAUGCCUUGCCUUACCUACCACAACCUUGGAACGUGACCGUGAAAACCGUGUUGCCAUCUCUUCCACAAGAACUGAUGCGGAUGACCGAGGAAUCCACACUGUCCACGUUUUCCAUUCACAACGUUAUCUAUCUAUCUAUCUAUCUAUCUAUCUAUCUAUCUAUCUAUCUAUCUAUCUAUGUCUUUUGUUACCUGAUUCUGUAUUAGUCUGCGCAUAUCUAUCUAUCUAUCUAUCUAUCUAUCUAUCUAUCUAUCUAUCUAUCUAUCUUAAACUAUUAUUUAAUUGUAUGUUUAACUUCGUGUUAAGGUUCUCCUUUCUUUCUUCCUUUUUGAAUUCUUUCUUUCUUUCUUUAAUAAUUCUUUCUUUCUUUCUUUCUUUCUUUCUUUCUUUCUAUUUUUUAUUUAUUCAUUCAUUACUCUAUAAUUCGUAUUUCUUUUUCCUUUUCAUUGUUUCUUCUAUAAUUCUUCAUUGUUUACUUUCUUCCGUAAUUAUUUUUCCUUCUUCCUUCCUUUCUUUGAAUUUCAAAAGACAAGCAGACGACAUUUACCAAUUUCAAGCUGAACGUAUUAAUUAA